AUGGAUAUUGUUCUAGAAAUAUCAGAUUAUUAUUUCUUUGAUAAAUUAUAUGCUACAUUAUUACCAAAAAAUGGAAUAGUUGCAAAAUUUUUUGAAAAUCAACAAAUACCAAAUUUGAAACCACCAAUAAUUAAUUCCGUAAAUGGAACUAAUUACUCCAACUUAAACUUUGCAAACUUAUCAACUUAUUUAUUUGAUAAACUUGGUCAAUAUCAAAAUAAAUCUGAAAUUUAUGGUUCACCACAUCUUUUACCAGCUGGAAAUUAUAUAAAUGAAUCAUUUUUAUCAAGAUCAAAUUUAUUUAGGGAAUUUUUAUCAAUUUUAACGGUUACAACUAUAUUUGGUUGGUUAUUAUAUUUUUCAGUUGCUUAUUUAUCAUAUGUUUUUGUAUUUGAUAAAAGGAUUUUUAAUCAUCCAAGAUAUUUAAAAAAUCAAAUGGCCUUAGAAAUUGAAAGAGCAACUACAGCAAUACCUAUUAUGGUUUUAUUAACUAAUCCUUUUUUUUUAUUAGAAUUGAAAGGAUUUUCCAAAUUAUAUUUACAAAUUAACGAAUCAACUGGUGGAUGGAAAGCUAUAUUUUUAGAAAUACCAAAAUUUAUAUUAUUUACAGAUUGUGGAAUUUAUUUUAUUCAUAGAUUUUUACAUUAUCCACCAGUUUACAAAAGACUUCAUAAACCUCAUCAUAAAUGGAUAGUUUGUACUCCAUUUGCUUCUCAUGCUUUUCAUCCAGUUGAUGGUUGGUUACAAAGUAUUCCAUAUCAUUUAUAUGGAUUAUUUUUCCCUUUAAACAAAAUAUCAUAUUUAAUUUUAUUUACAGCUGUUAAUUUUUGGACUGUUAUGAUUCAUGAUGGAAAUUAUAUGUCAAAUGAUCCAGUAGUGAAUGGAACAGCAUGUCAUACUAUUCAUCAUUUAUAUUUCAACUAUAAUUAUGGUCAAUUUACGACAUUAUGGGACAGACUUGGCAGAUCUUAUAGAAGACCUGAUGAUUCUUUAUUUGUUAAAGAUUCAACAAUUGAAGAUGAAAAGAAAAUGUGGAAAAAGCAAACUAAUGAAAUGGAGGAAAUUAGAAAUGAAUUGGAAGGUAAAUCCGAUGACAGGGAAUAUAUUGAAGAGUUUAAUUAA